CGUCCUGUCGCAAAGGCCGCAUCCGGGCGGCGAAUGAGCGCGUCGCUUUCCGUGCGCUGCGGCGGCGGCCGGGUCUUCCUGCUCCCGCCGCGCUGCCGGACGCCCCGACGGUCGCCAUCCGCGCCGCAGUCGGCUCGGCGCCCCCGCCUCCUCCGCGAUGCCCCCCAAGAAACAGGCUCAGGCCGGGGGCAGCAAGAAGGCGGAGCAGAAGAAGAAGGAGAAGAUCAUCGAGGACAAAACUUUUGGUCUAAAGAAUAAGAAAGGAGCAAAGCAACAGAAGUUUAUUAAGGCUGUCACUCAUCAGGUGAAAUUUGGUCAGCAGAAUCCACGUCAGGUGGCCCAAAGUGAAGCUGAGAAGAAACUGAAGAAAGAUGACAAGAAGAAAGAGCUGCAGGAGCUGAAUGAGCUGUUCAAGCCUGUAGUUGCCGCACAGAAGAUAAGUAAAGGUGCAGAUCCCAAAUCUGUGGUGUGUGCAUUCUUCAAACAAGGGCAGUGUACUAAAGGAGAUAAAUGUAAGUUCUCUCAUGACCUCACAUUGGAGAGAAAGUGUGAAAAACGAAGUGUUUACAUUGAUGCCAGAGAUGAAGAACUUGAAAAAGAUACUAUGGAUAAUUGGGAUGAGAAAAAGCUGGAAGAAGUAGUAAACAAGAAGCAUGGUGAGGCGGAAAAGAAAAAACCAAAAACUCAAAUAGUGUGCAGACAUUUCCUUGAAGCUAUUGAAAAUAACAAGUAUGGCUGGUUUUGGGUGUGUCCUGGAGGUGGCGACAAUUGCAUGUAUCGUCAUGCACUUCCUCCUGGGUUUGUGUUGAAGAAAGACAAAAAGAAAGAAGAGAAAGAAGAUGAGAUUUCAUUAGAAGAUCUAAUUGAAAGAGAGCGUUCUGCCUUAGGUCCAAAUGUUACCAAAAUCACUCUAGAAUCUUUCCUUGCGUGGAAGAAAAGGAAAAGACAAGAAAAGAUUGAUAAACUUGAACAAGAUAUGGAGAGACGGAAAGCUGACUUCAAAGCAGGGAAAGCACUCGUGAUCAGUGGUCGUGAGGUGUUUGAAUUUCGUCCUGAGCUGGUUAAUGAUGAUGACGAGGAGGCAGAUGAUACCCGCUACAUUCAGGGAGCAGGUGGUGAUGAGGUUGAUGACUCUGUGGGUGUGAAUGACAUAGACGUGAGCCUGUACAUCCCGAGGGAUGUGGAAGAGACGGGUAUCACUGUAGCCAGUCUCGAAAGAUUCACCAUGUACGCUUCAGACAGAGAUGAGAACAAAUUAAGUGAAGCUUCUGGAGGCCGGGCUGAAAAUGGCGAAAGAAGUGACUUGGACGAGGACAGCGGAGUGGGGGGGCAAGAGAAUGGAUCCAUCGAUGCUGUUCCCGUGGAUGAGAAUCUGUUCACUGGGGAAGAUCUGGACGAACUAGAAGAAGAAUUAAACACACUUGAUCUGGAAGAAUGACACCAAACAAGGCAAGGAAGAAAAUUAGGUCAGCUCAACAUGAUCAGCCGUAAUCGAAAUUGACUACAUUAAUUGUUUUGCCACCUAGAAUCAACAGGAUGUUUAUUUCCCGUGAUGAUUCUGGAGGGAUGCUGUCCUCCACAAAGGAAUACUCUCCCUGCGUCUUCUCUCUGACUCUGACUACAUCUCCUAGUAAGUUCAGAGUAGUUGGUGAUAAACUGAAAACGGUCGUUACAGAGAUGGUUCUUGUUGUCACUGUCCUCUCCCAUAGGGGUGUAACUGCUUCUCCAGCUUUUGGGUUCACUGGGCAUGUGUUAUUUCCAGGAACAACAAAGUCGUACUUAAAAUACUUUCCGUUUGAUGCAGUUUUUAAUGAGUGGUUUCCUUUCCUUUGUAUUUAUGUUUUAAAGACUGCCUGAAAGGUGAGUGCUAUACUUGAUAAAGGAAGCUGCAUGUGCAGGUUCAGUAUUGCACAUCUGGACAGUUAGAUGGACGCUGAGAUGGGACUUUUCAACCUGACAGGGUCAGCCGCAAUGCCCUGUACUAAAGCUGUUUAAAGUUCUUCCCUUUUUGCCAAUAAAGUUGUAAAUAAAAACCAUCGUACAUCCAAAUCCAACUGGGCUUUUUGUUUUGUUUUGUUUGUAAGUUUUUCUAUGAAGUAUUUAACAUUCCUAGCUUGGUAUUUUUAUUAAAUAUUGAUUAUAUUGGUUGUAGGUGUCACAGAGGCAAAGACUUAAUAGAUUUUCUUGGUACAUGGUAUGUUACCAUGGAGUACUGACAGUGUUGACAGUUGUUAUUAUUUUCCAUUUCCAAAAAGACUUGUAUGCUGUUACUUUAAUUCCAGAAUUGUUGCAUCGCCUACCUAAUUAAACGGUUAUUACAGUUAAACAAAUACAAAAAAAAAAAACAAACCAAAUACUUUGUUGAAAUCAAUAUUACAGAAAGAAGAAGGUAAACAAAUUAAACAGAAAAUUUGGGGCUGAGGGUCUUGGCUAUUGAAAAUUUAGAGUAAUAGCACAUUUGAAAUGUGUUUUGCGCAUAUUUAGCACUAGAUACCGACAGUUCAUUGCCGUGGUACUUUGUUUCAUGGGGUGAUUUCCAAAUGUGGAUUUUUAGAAUGAUUUUUUUUUAAGUAUAUAAGGUAAUAACGUUAAAAUAUCACGUGACCUAAGCCCUAACCUCUUUCCUGCCUCAGAGAAAUUAUACCUUAAGUUUCUGGGUUUCAGUUUUUCAUUUAUCUGUAAAUUUUAAUAUUGAAUGUGGGACUAGGAUGCAGCGUACUGUAAGAGUACACUGUCAGAGUACACUGUAAGAGUACUUUCUUAGCAUGUGCAGAAGACCCCAGUUCUAAACGGGUUUUUAAAAACCUGUUUUCCCAAAAUGCUUUCAAAAUCUAACUUAAGAAAAAGAGAGACUGUAUAUAUACAUUGUUAAAUGAUAACCUCAAAGUUUACAAGGAAAUUUGUUUUCUAGCUCUUAUUUAUCAUAACAUUUUCUAAUAUAGAGUAUAAUGAACCAUGUUUAUUUCCUGUCUACUUUUUGUAUAAAAAUAUUGUUUUAUACUUUAUAUCUACAAAGUAUUUCCUCCAGUCUUUCUGUGGAAAAGUUGCUUAGUGAAUUUUGUUUUUUUGUUUUUCUAGACAGGGCUUCUCUGUGUAACAUUAGCUGUCUUGGAACUCACUCUGUAGACCAGAUUGGCCUCGAACUCACAGAGAUCUUCUGCCUCCGCAGUGCUGUGAUUAAAGGUGCGUGUCACCACACCCAGCUUACUUCGUGAGUUACUUAAUAACAAAAUCGUCUAAAAAGCUCGUGUCUUUUCUGUAUUGUUCACAGUGCAGUCACUCUGUAUUAAUUCGGUUCAUCUGGAACGUGUGUGUUUUUUCAGACUUCAUUUUAAAUAGUUGUUAUUCCAAGUUUUAACACGUUCUUGUAUUCUAAUUCAGUGGGUAACUUUAUUCGUUUUAAGAAAUCUGGGGUUUAGAAAGUCAGGAAUGUAAAUACAAGCUUUCUACAAGAGAGGAAAUAAAUGUUUGUACUUAUUUCCAUUCGCUCUGUUAAAUGAGCUCUUUUCUUACAUAGUUGAUUUCAUGAGACCUUAUUUAUUCCGUGUUCAAUGAGCCCACAGUGUGACCCCAUGUUUACCAGAGUAAUUCAGAAUAGUCUCAAUUUUAAUGACUUCUCAUAAUCAAAGCCCACCAUACAUGAACUACUAAAAAUUGUAUAAUUGUCAAUAUAUCUUUAAGACAUCCUCUGGGUGGUUUUUCAGUAUGAUAGUAACAAAGCCACAGAUUCACAGGUUUAAUUUUUAAUUGUAAUUUUUCAAAUUCACUCAUUGAAACACAUAUUUAAGCUAAGUACCUGGAAAUAUUAAAGACAUUCACAAUAAUAAUCUGCCCUCUUCUGUCCCAGGUGCCCUCUGUUGACUUUAUGUUUGAGGCUUUCUUGAUGACCUGUAUCUAAACCUGUGCAGCUGUGUUUCAUUCCGUGUGGUUCCUAAAUUGUACUUUUAUGUCUUAGGAAACUCUAUGUAGUCACCAUUCUGACUUCUAAUGUGUUUUCAGAGCAGCCUUACGUCAUGUACAGAAAUGUAGCCAGAAUGUAUAAUUAGGGUAUUUUAGCAACUGAGACCUGCCAGGCUGCAAGCAUAUUAUGUAAUCAUAUGCACUAGCUUUAGAUGUUUUUAGGAGUGUUCACCUUCGAAUCUUCACACUGCUGAUAGCCAGGGAAAGGACGAAUAUCUGUAGCUUUGUGAUUCACCAUCUAAACAGAAAGCGGGUGGAUAUGUGGAGUCAGGCAUGUUAGUUACACACCCUGCCCCACUGCUGGCCUGAUGCGCUUAACAGCCAAAGGUCCUCGAUGUCUCGCGCUGCUCACCCUCAAUAGAGGGAGAGGGCUGGGGGUUGGUUGGUUCCUUUCCUGACUUACUUUACUUGAAAAUAGUGUGAUACUUGUAGCGGAGGCCGCUUGUUUCUUCUCGGCCACCCAGACCACGAAAUAAUCUCUCAGAAACGAUAUUAGUUAAAUCACUGCUUGAUUAGUCACGUAAGCGUAUUGCUAGCUAGCUCUUAUGUCUUUGGUUAACCCAUUUCUGUUUUUUAUAUUUUACCAUGAGGUUCGUGGCCUGCCUGUAAGGUUCCAGCUAGCAGCUUGCUUCUUUCCCCUCUGGCAGCUACGUGGUGUCUCACUGACUCCACCUUCCUUCUCCCAGAAUUCAGUUUAGUUUUCCCUGCCUAGCUCUACUCUAGUGUAUCACAGGCCAAGGCAGAGUGUUUAUUCAUUAACCAGUGAAGGCAACACAUACGCAGAAGGACCUCCCACACCAAAUAGUUAUGUAUGCUUUUGGCUCAUUAGCUUGUUUGUACUGGAGACCUACCGCCAGCCACCUACUGGGAAGCAAAGUAAUGGUUUGAUGGCUUUGACGUGUUUCAUGAUGUAAAAUUGAAACAACUGUAGUCUAAUUUGAGCUGAUCCAAUGUUCUGUGUGUGUGUGCUCCCCCCCAAAUAAUUGUCUGACUGAAAGGACAAAGCAUCAGUGUCUGAUGCAGCCGGGCAUGGUGGCUCACACCCAGGACACCGGGAGGCUGAGCAAGAGGCCAGUGUUUUAAAAAUAAAUGCAGCCUUGGGACCACUUGGAUGUCAUAGGAGGCCAUAGACAUCUCCUGACAACUACACUGCCCUGUGAACCAUCCCAUACAACCCUUCCACUCUCCUUAAAGUCAUGGCUUUUUUUCAUUAAUUGCUAAUGCAUGCAUAUGUGUAUGCAUAUAUAUUCCUACAUGCAGCCUUCUCAGUCCAUAUUUUGAUAAAUGUAAUUACCUCGGAAUUAGUGACAACUGAAAGGAAUAGUUGACAGGUCUAUUACUGGGUAGUUUCUGACUAUAGGCAUCUGUGAAAGUCAAAUAAUAGCGAUAUUAGCACAGCUGAGUCUUAGGGUGACAACAAGCGAGCCAGGGCCUCACAAUGUUUGCAAGGCCAAAAGGGCAUUUGCAGGGACAGAAGUUUAGUAAUGCUAAUCUUCACACGCCUCUGUGACCAUGUGUAGCAUGCUACUGUACAGAGAAAAAUGCAAGUCAGAUUUUUUAAUUAAAAAUGUUUUCCUGGGGCUGGAGAAGUGACUUUGUUGUUAAGAGCAUUUAUUGUCUAUGGAGCAUCCAGGUUUGAUUCCCAGCACCCACGUGGUGGUUCACAGCUGGAGAAGUGACUUUGUUGUUAAGAGCAUUUAUUGUCAUCUGUGGAGCAUCCAGGUUUGAUUCCCAGCACCCACGUGGUGGUUCACAGCUCCAGCUCCAGGGUAUCUAACUCUCUUGUGACUUCUGUGGGUGUUAGGUGUACCUGUGGUACUCAUACAUAUUUGCAGUACACAUACAUACAUACAGACAACACUCAUACACAUAAAUAAAUAGCUUAGGGAGUAGGCUUCAAGACAGGGUUUCUCAGUGCAUCUCUGAUUGUCCUGGAGCUCACUCUGGACCAGGCUGGACUUGUACUCAGAGAUCUGUCUACUGCUUCUGUAGUGCUAGGAUUAAAGGCCUGCAUCACCACCGCCUGGCUAAGAUUCUUCAAUACACAAUGUGAAGUACCAUCCCACAUGUUCCCUGAACAGAACUGCAUGGCAUCAACAAUUUUUAAAAGGUUGUCAAUCCUCUUCCUUCUUUCCUUCCUCCCCUCCCCUCCUCCCUUCUCCCUUCUCCUCCUCCUCUUCUUCCUCUUCUUCCUCUUCUUCCUCUUCCUCUUCUUCUUCUUCUUCCUCUUCCUCCUCCUCCUCCUCCUCUUCUACCCCCCCCCCUUUUUUACUUAGCUAAAGACAAAAUGCAAAACUGACUGAACUUGUCCUGAGGCAAACAGUAAAGGCUUAGAAACAAACUAGAGUGAGCCAAUGGCAUUUCAGGUGUUGACCACAGACCUAGGCAGCUGACAGGUCCAUUCUUGCACGGGUCUUUAUGUCUCAUCUCACUGCAUAAGUGAAUGACAGUCUGCACAUUACUUACAGAAGUUCAAAGAUUCUUCUCUGGAAAAUAGUUUUACUUUGGGUUUGCAUAGAGAUGUGGGCCUCAGGUAAAUUUUUGUUUUCAAACUGUAAGCUUAAAUUGUAAAUAAUUAGAUCAGAUGGGAUAGUGCACACCUUUAAUCCCAGCACUUGGGAAGCAGAGAUCAAGGCCAGCCAAAGCUACAUUGUAAGAUUGUCUCAAAAACAAACAAAAAAUGUGUAAGUGAACACCUAAGUAUAAAGUAAAUCAACUCUCAAAGAUUCCUGUGAUUUAUAGGAAUUCCUAUAAAUUGCUGUGGUGGAACUAAGUAAGUUUUCAGCUAUCUUUACUCAACCUUUAACAGCUUUAUUAAGGUAAAAUUGGGGCAGUAAACAUCUGAUAUGUAACAGCUAGUGAUGUAUUUACAAGCGGACAGCCUGUAUAUAAUACAUGUCUAUGUCUACCUUCCCAAAAUUGUUGAUGUGUUUACAAGUGGACAGUCUGUAUGUAAUAUAUGUCUAUCUUCCCAAGAUUGUUGAUGCGCUUUUGAAACCCUUUCCUAAACAAGCACCUUGAUACUACACCCCCAGGAAAGUAACACUCUAGGUUAGUUCACAUUUUUGUAAUUUUAUUGGAAUCAUGUUUUUUAUUUAUUUGCUUUCACUGGUCAUAAUUGGAAAUUGCAGGUAGUAAUAGAAUGUUUCUGGAAAUUGCUAAGUACUGUUUAUCUGAAUGCACCUGUUGGCUGGGAUUGUUUCUGGUUAAGGCCUUUACAGGUCACCAUCUGAACAGUCAUGCAGAGAUCCUUGUAUGAACA